AUGAGUGACUUUUGCUCCCCACCAAUCAUUGUUACCCCAGAAGAUGAUGCCUGGGAUAUUGACACUUCUUCCUAUGCUGACUGUGGGCAUUUUGUGGACUGGGAUCAGUUCCCCACCAAGCCUCAGAAGAAGAGUCCUUCACAUCUGGAAAUCCCCUUCUCUGCCAAGGAACUAAAGCGGAUGGCCAGAGAAGGUACUUGGACUGGCCAUCGAACCCUGAGAGCAGAGGCCUACAAUAAGAUCACCAAGAACAUCAGCUGCCGGAUAUUCACACCGAAUGCCAAGGUUUAUCAUGAUGUAGCCGAGAGGCUCUUCGGUCCUGAUGGCACAAUUGACCAUCCUUUGCCAGAUUUUGUGGAUGGAUGUCUUCUGCCCAUGUUCUGCCUUAAUGCUAGAGGAGAGAAGGCUGUGAAGAAGGUACUGAUCUGUAUUGCUAAUCAGUAUCCAGACAUCACCUAUUCCCCUGCCUUGCCGGCAGUGGUGGCGCUCUUGAUGCACUUCAGUGAAGAUGAGGCAGAGUGUUUCGAGAAGACUUGCCACCUCAUCUCCUGCACUGAUCCACACAAGUCUUACAUUGAGCAAAGCUUCUUGUCCUACGAAGCCUCAAGCAUGACUUUUGGUGACUUGGCCAAGAAAUAUUGUCAAGCUGGUCAUAAGUUAAUCGUCACCCACAGUGAAAAUUCAGCAGAAGUCUUUUCUGACUGGCAAACAUGGAUCUUUGGUGACUUACCCUUUGAGUAUGCCAUUAGGGUCUUUGACGUUUUUCUUCUUGAGGGCAACAAAGUUUUGUAUCGAGUGGCUCUAGCUCUGCUCAAACAGUACAAACUCCAAACUGAUUAUGUAGGACAAGACAUCAGGGCCGACAUCCAGAAUUUUGUGAAGAACAUCUCCCAAUAUGUUUGUGCGGAGAAGCUGUUAGAUAAAGCUUUCAGCAUUCGACUUUUCACCCACAAAGAGAUCUGGCUGUUGCACAUGGCCAACAGGAAAGCCUUGUCCCAAAGUGGGAUUACUGUAAUGCAGCCAAGGCAGCCUGCGCAUAUGUCAGUGGACAUCUCAAAUUUCAGCUCUGAAAUUGUCACAGCUCAGGAAAUGAGGGUGGUUUGGUCCUGGAUACCGGAACGGUUUUCCUUGUACCCCCCCCCUGUCCUGCUCUUCUCUACGCUGGAACAUGGCUACAGCUUACAGAGAUUUUAUUCCCGCUGUGAAGGGUGUGAACCUACCGUCUUGCUCAUCAAGACAACUACAAGCAAGGUGUGCGGAGCCUACCUCUCUACUGACUGGAAUGAACGGAGGAAAUGCUGUGGACAAGUGGCCACUUUUUUCGGUACUGGAGAAUGCUUUGUGUUCACUAUCCACCCAGAAAUGGAGAGGUACGAGUGGGUUGUGGUGAAGAAGCCAGAGAUGGUAAAGAUGUUCUCUGCGCCCAGUAGCCCCUCACAGUCCUCCAACUUCUUGACUGUCCCCGUGGAAGGAAACCCAAGUCGAUUAUCUCCAUUCCUGUCUGUACGUCACUUCCAGCUGCCUUCCAAAACAGCCUCCAUGUUUAUGUCUGGCAACAGCCAAGGUUUUAUUAUAGGUGGUGGUGGGGGUCAGGCCUUGAACAUUGACGCAGAUCUGAACAUCGGGCGGACGGAGCACUGUGAGACCUUUGACAACCCGCCACUUUGUGAGGAGAACUUUCACAUCCAGCACCUGGAGGUCUGGGGCUGCCAAAAUUCCUAA